AUGCACUACGAGUUCGUGGCCGGACUGGAGGUGACGUACGGCAACGCGCUGGCCGCGGGCGGCGGUUUCCACCGCGUGACGACCGCCGAGGGUGCGGCCGCCGAGGUGUCCCCACACACGUAUCUCUGGUACAAGCUCUCGUCCGAGGCGCCGACUCAAAAAGGAUCGCCCCCAUCGUCGUCAGAUUCUGAUUCCGUUCCACUGGCCAUCACGCAGAUAUGUAUUGGGGACGAGCAGCCACCAAGUGGCCAUGAAGACGCAUGGACCAAGUUGGACAAGUCGGUGGAUCGCCACAAGGGUCGCUUUUUGUGGUAUCAGGCCUCGCAAUUCCAGCCUCCGUCGUCACCCUCGACUCAGACAAAGCAGCUGAUGCCACUGAAGGAGAUCCGAGUCGUCAGGGACCUAAAAGACGUCCCCGAGGGCUUCGAGAGCCUCGACGAACCGCUGCUUAGCGCCGAUGGCACAGGAGAGGAGCUGCGGACGUACCUGUGCUAUCGAAGGCUAAGCAGCGAGGACUUCUCGGGCUCCAAGUGGUCCAUUUUGAACCAAAAAGCAGGCAAUUGGAUCGAUGUCAAGGAUUUAUCGUCCAAUAAGUGGAGUGUCGCCCAGAUCCUGCAGCAUUCGGCGUCGGAGAUCCGAGUGCACAUUCCGACGUGGAAGAAAGGGCGUGAUGAAUUCCUAUCGCGCUCGACGUGUCGCAAUCGAGUGGCUAAGUUGGGGACGCAUACAAACGUGUACAUGUCCCCGGCCUAUCCGUAUCCGAGGAAGCAGGGGAGUAUGUGGAACGCCAAUAUGAAGGACCUACAAUAUGCUCGAGAACAGUUUGACAAGUACUUUUACGACCGAGAGAAGCAGAAAACGUACUUGCCGCGAUAUCUCAUCCCGUUCAUCGAGAGAUCGCUACUGUGUACGUUUCUAUCGAGUGAUCUGGCUGACGAGAUGAACGUGUUCCAUCAGCACGUGCUGAAAAAUGUCAUUGCGUGUAUGCUGGGCGACGACGCGGGAAAUGUGAUGGUGUAUAUGCUGUCACUAUUGCGGAUGAUCCUCAAUGGCCACAGCUCGUGCAUGUUCUUCUACAUCAAGUAUCCAGGGAGUUAUACGGCGGCAAAGUACCAACGUCUAGUGUACACGUCGUACUUGGUGAGCCCGGAUGCGCUGGCUGCCAUCCCAACACGCCAUCCGUGUCGAUCUUUCUACUUCAUUGACAACGUCGACCUGUUCGUGCAAGCAGGAGGCUUUCGACUGAUCCUUCAACGCCUUGCGGUCCCAGAUGUUGCGUUGACGGAAUUACUGCUGUACUGCACGGUCCUCAAUGAAGCGAAACCUUGUCUCACGCAACAAAAGCGACGUCGUAGCUCGUCCUCGGCUCGGCGUCGACCGACCACUGAAGUCCAAACGGAAGAUUUCUUUCGAGAGUUCUUGAACGCUACUUUUUCGCGGCUACGGCGUAUGAGCGGAGAGGAGCUGAAGGACGACGAUGGACUUAUUAAUCAUAUCGUGGGCGUUCUAGAUCUGUUGUGUCGAGACGGAUUACUGCUUGGAAGUCGGAACGCGGAGUCGGAUAUCGAUGAGUCGACGGCUACAGAUGGCUUCGGUUUGUCUUGUGAUGUGGAAUUUGCAGAGCAGAUUGAGAUCUUCCAUUUGGAUCUCUCGAAAAAGUUUAUCUGCUGUCCGUAUUUGUCGCAACGUCUGCUCGGUAUUUCUCGUAUCAACGAUCUGAUCUCUAUGGCCCAACGAAAAGAUACUCUUCAGAGAAAGGCGAGCUUAAGUUUGCGGCGUACGUCGUCAUCCGUUAGUACCACGUCGACCUUGAGCGCGAGUUCCUCGAGUGAUAACCUAACCUUAACUUCGGGCGAACAGCCAGUGACGAAGUGGUUGCGCACGAAGUACAUUGUGGAGUGGCUGACGGCUUCAGACAUCCUGGAGGUGAUACUGGGCGACCGAGAGAGCUGCGCGAAGUACUCUCUUCAGGAGGGCACCCACUUGGAAAUACUGAAGCGCUCCAAGAAGAUAUUCGGGUUUGUUGCAGCUCACGGACUGUUGACGGAGAAGCACAUCGUGCUGAUGUGGAAAACGGCGCUGAACCAGCUUCGCUCCGGCAGGAAAACCGUCUUCGAUAUCUUGAUCACUCUGUGUGGUGUUCUUUCGGCUGAUUUGAUGGAUGCUGUCGUGAUGCUGCUGACACAAGUUCCUUUGAACGACUAUGACGAACUGGUUGUGAAUUUUAUCAAGCGUGUUAUUAUGAUCGCGUCCAAGCUCGUUGUUGAUGCUGAGACGGGUGGGUUUAAAAUGUCUCUUACGUCUCUUGUAAGUGCUGCGUCUGGCUCGAGGAACAAACUUAGCCCCGGUGCUCAAAAAGAUCUCGAAGUGUUUAAUAAGGUGGUGAGUCUGUGCUGCACUCUGUACUGGAAUGCGAUUCUUCAAACUGAAGCACCCAACGAGAAUGGGUCACCGGGACUUCGUGGCUCAAUGCGGGCUGAAGUAGAGGCCGCUCUUGCAGACUCGUUGAACCACGUGCAAAAGCUCUGGAUUUCCUCUGGUUCCUCAUCAUCCACUUCAGGUAAAGAACAGCAACAGCUACUGAGUGAUUAUCUUCGCAAGUGUGCAGAGAACAUCAAGUGUGGAACGCUAGUGGAGACGUCCAUGAGUUUAAUUCAGCGGAUUGUGGAUGGCUAUGGCGGAGGCUCGUCUUCAUUGGCUGCUUCGUUGACAAGAGCAAAUUCCACUCCUACAACAUCCAGCGAGUUGCUGAAAGAACUGAACAAUGCACACAACAUUGUGUCUGUGGUUGUUGAGGCGAUCAAAAACUACGUUGCCCAAUCGGAUCCCAAGAAUCGGUCACAAACUACACAUCUUGUUGCCAUCAAGAAGCGUCUGGCAUUCCUCGGAUAUAUCGUGACCAAGUCCGAUCUAAAGCUGCCUUUUGAAGCUGUUUGCCAAUUAUGGGGAUGUUUCAACGGCCCGGAAAGCACGAUGAAAGAACAUGAGGUAUUCUUUGCGUGGUUUACGACGGUCAUUCCUGACCCAAAUAACUUCGUCCACCGAGCGUAUUCAGGCCAGACGGGCUUUUCGGAAGCCGUGGUGGGUGAGAUCUUUCAGUCUCUGAUUAGGCCAGCAAGUCCAAAUGGAAGCGCUUCCCAAAUCAGUUUGGAUAUGCAGACGAUGAGUAAGGAAUCGUUUUGGGCGCUGGAGCGGCUGUUUCGAUUCGUUAACACAAGUACGAGGCGUAUUUCCUCCACUGGCGUCGUAGGGAGCACCCAAUCGCGUAUGGUGAUACACAACAAGGAGGACACCGAGCUUUUUGUCGUUGAAGCCACGGAUCUGCAAGGCCUCGAGUCGUUGUAUGAUGUGGCUUUGCGUGCAGACAGUGACGUUGUGAGUCAGCAAGCUAUCAAUUACCUCAUCUAUCUGCAACUUCACGUCGGCUCGAAGCUUGUGCGACGUGAGGUGUGGGCAGACUUUGUGGAAAGGUGCCUCUGGAGGCUAAAGGAGGAGGUGAAGACCACGAUUGACGCUUCGAAGACGCGAGAGGUGCUUCGCCUAUUAGUUUUGCUGAGUACUUUUCUUCAUCAAUCCGUCGUGCAGACUCAAGACGGUUGGGGAGGGACCUUUGAUGGUCCAGAGGAGCUAACCGUUUACGUCCGAACUCAAGGUGGUCGAGUUGCAGCACCGUUUAAGUAUCACUUGAGACGAACCUCGCUCGUAUCGGAACUGCGAGAUCGAAUCGCGAAGGACACAGGCCACCCUGCCGAUCGAGUACGUAUUGUGAAUUCAGCGAAGACUAAACUCACAGCGCAAGGCCAUGGGAAGUUCACACUUGAGAAGGCGAGAGUGUUCAAUUCUUCUCUUGGGUCUUCACGCACGUCGUCAGGGAAGAAGUUGUUGACUCAAACAGCACCAGCUUCUACCCGGAGGCUUAAGCAAACCAGCUACGUUGAAGCCAUUCUGUUGUCGAAAGUGGAAAGUGAUACCAGUGGGCACACCAAUCGCAACAUUUUAGACUUCCACGGCGCAGCUGGGGUCGCCGCUGCGGCCGCUGCAGGUGUGGGAGGAACUGGAAACAACAGCAGUCCGGAGAGUGAUUGGCACGCGAUUAAAACGGAGAUUUCAGGAAAUGAUACGUGGGUGGCGCUUCUGUUUAAGUUGCUAUCGUACAACGACGGGAUCGCUGAAGAAGCCUGGAAGGUACUCAAGCUGCUAACAGUGGAUGAAGAUCUGGAAAAGCAGACGCGUACGUUAAACAAUGUGUUAGCGAUCGAUGGGUCUAUCCGCAAGAAACCGAGCUCGUUCGAGUGGGAAACUCUACUAGACUCAAAGUGUCCUCCAAAGCUGCUGUAUCAACUUGAAUUGGUAGAGAAGUUCGCGCUGUGUGGUGACGGACGCAAUGACGAUGAUGAUGACGACAAAGAUGCCAAUGGGACGCAUACUGAUGCUGUGAGUGCGGCUGGUCUUGAUGGUUUGAUUGGCACUGUGAAUACGUGGAGCGCGUCCUUUAUACAACUUGGCGGUCGGACUCGACUCGAAGAGUUUGUGCUAUCAUCGAGCCCGCGUCAACUGCUUGCUCAAGGAACGCUCUCAGUGAUGUGUUUGGCCAAACUUCUCAAGUUGCUUCGCCAUUUCGUGCUUGUGGAGUCUAAACUGGCAGAGGAAAAUGGAGAUACACUCGACAGAAAUCCCCAACAAUUGAUUCAUCGGCUCCUGGAAACGCUGAGCAGUCUCCAAAGUGUCGAGAAAGAAGCCAAAGAGGCUGUUUCGUCUACUCUAGCUUCUCAAUCGACUCAGCAGCCUGCAUUGACUGAGAGCUCUGCGCCGCCACUUUCUCUAACGGAGUAUACUCGCCCACAAGUUGAAGAUCCGGACAACAUCGACGAUAUUCCGAGUGAAGCGUACUUGAUGACUCGGCUGCUAUCUUGUAUUGCCACCUGCACUCUUGAGGCAAACCAAGGAGCGUUGGUCUUGCUGGAGAGCUACUCAGGACAUGGAGAAAUCAUUCUACAUUGUCUCGUUGAGAGCCGCUUCAAGCCUGUUCGCCUAGAGGCUGCCAACAUGAUCGCUGCGUUGUCUACCACUAGAAACAAGCUCCAAGAAGAUCGCGUCGCGUGCUGCAACUACUUCUUGCAACUGCUGGGCGAUUACUCGGGGCCCGUGAGUGAUGAGGAAUACUACAAUGUGUUCACACUACUCGUCACGAGUGUGGAGGACUUGACGAAGUUUGCGAUUCUCCCGUCCAGCCAAAUUUUGUGUCGUCGGAUCAAGGCUUUCGAGAGUAAAGAUGAUGCUCUGGGUGCUCCUGCUGACCCUGUGCUGCCUACUUCUCGAAGAAGUAGCAUGGAAGUGAGAAGACGCAGAGAGCUGCCCGUGCCAGGGAAUCAAGUUCUUCCGCCUGCCCCCGAUGCGCUGCUAGAAGGGCAGCUAUCCACGCUGCUUGCUAUCAUUAAGCGGAUCCCGGCUGUGCUGGCGGAUGGUGUCCUUGACGUGCCGUGUGAUGGACGCAGCUUGCGUGAAGUGGUCGCGCCAACUCUUCACGACCAAGAAGGGAUUAUUAACGAGCUUUUCCACGAGUGUCUCUUUGCUACACCAGACAAGAAAACGAACGGAGAAGGUCAAAGCGAGGGAAGUGAAGGCGGCUUUAUUGAUAUCCAGGCAUCUUCUUCGUCGCAAUAUUAUCUCCGACUACCCAAGUGCCGCAGUGAUUCGUGCCGAAAAGUUGCCUUUGAUCUCCUCGCGGAGCUAUCGAUUGAUAACACGGAUGGACUGCGCUUUCUGCUAACUCAAAUGGCCAAUCAGCACACCCUGGAGCGUCCUCCGGAGCCUUCAGUUGCCACCUCAGUAGUCUCAACAUCAAAACGAAAGAGCUUAAAGACAGCAAAGGAUCAAUUCCUUCAGCGCGGUAAAUAUGUGGGGCUCAAGAACCUUGGAUGUACGUGCUACCUGAACUCUACAGUCCAGAGCUUCUUCAUGAUGCCGCGCUUCCGCCGCCAGGUUUUGCGGCUUCAGUCAAGCGGAAAUUGCAGUGAUAAAGCUGAAGUGAAGAGCCUCACGUAUGAGCUUCAGUCUUUGUUCGCUCACCUGGAGGGAAGCGCGAAGCCCUACUACAACCCUCGUCCGUUUACCCGAGCAAUGAAGACGUGGGAUGGUGAGACUGUGGACGUCAAUGUCCAGCAGGACGCCAGCGAGUUUCUCACGUCUUUCUUCCAGCAGAUUGAGUCGGAGAUGAACGGCAUCAGUGCUGGCAGUGGAGAUCAGUAUACCAGUGACGAGAAUAUCCUCAACACAUUCUUCGGUGGAGAGUUUAGCAAUGAACUUGUAGCUGAAGGAGACCGAUACAGUGAGCGGUUCGAGCCAUUCCACUUCAUUUCCGUGCCUGUACGCGACCGAAAGAACCUGAAAGAGUCGCUGGAUGGAUGGGUGGAAGGCGAGAAGGUAAGCUACACGUGGGAGAACGGUAGUGGGUCGAAAACGGACGGCGAAGAGGAAGAAAAGGUAACGCUGGAAACGCACAAGCGUAUCUCCAUCUCGAAGUUGCCUGCCUACUUGAUCAUUCACUUGAAGCGCUUCGAAUUUGAUUUCGAGAAGAUGCAGCAGAUCAAGCUCCAUGAUCGCUUUGAAUUCCCUACUGAAUUGGACAUGUACCCGUACACCAAGGAAGGUCAACAAGAGAAGAGGAAGCGAUCGGCAUCAUCGGCAGAUGAAGGAACAGCCAGUCACGACGUCCGUUUGAGUACGUCCUCGGACAAUGUAGAUGAUGGAAGAACGACAGCUCCGGAGUACUCCCAGUAUGAACUAGUGGGGACUGUUGUACACCUUGGUACGGCUCAUUCGGGACAUUACUACUCGUUCUUGAAAGACCAGCAAGUGCCAAGUCACAAGAACCAGUGGUACGAGUUUAACGACACAGUGGUGACUCCAUUUGACCCUUCUCAAAUCCCAGACGAGUGUUUUGGAGGUGAGGACUCAGUACGCACUCGACAUGAUUCAGCCAGUGGAUCGUCUUCGCUCGAAGAAGGAUCUCCGCUACCAGCCAAGAUGAAGAAUCGCAGCAGCUUUAUGUUGUUUUACGCCCGCGUAUCUCCCGAGCUGCGCGUCGUCAGCGAUGAGGACGCUCCCUGUGUCCGAUUCUCUACAGCUGUGCUUGUGGCUGCAUUCUGUUCAAGACUAAAGCGGCGAGUGUCUGCCAGACUUGCACAUCUACGUAGCAUGGCAUUGGUGAUUGCACCAGAGCCGAUUCGCAAGCUCAUUGCGAUGGAGAAUCGCUUGUUCUGGAGGAAGAGGUACCUGUACGACACGCGAUGUCUCAAGUUCACGUACAAUCUGUUGCGGUCUUGUCUCGUAGGACUAGAGAACGCCAAGAAUAUGGCUGUGAUGCCACGGUUUGAACCCGUGGAGGUGCAGUUCGAGGCCCUACAAGUGGCAACCAAGUUCGUGUUCGGCACUUUGUGGCAAGGUGGCGAUGUGAGCAAAGUCUUGGAGUGGCGUCUCAUUCUCCAGUCUCUGUAUCACUCUGACAUUGGCGGCUGUCGCUGGUUCUUGUCGACAAUGGAGGCCAACGAGUCGCUACUUUUGGAGUUGCUAGUGUUUAACGAACAUCGUGAAGUUCGCGAGUUGAUGGCAAACGUCAUCUCGGAGGCCAUCGUCACUACGUCGAACACCGAGUUCGAAGAGGAAGCAAAAGAAGAAUCGUCGAGUUCUUCCAGCGACGGGAAGAAACAGUUGCCUGCGUCGUUUGAGUUCAUGUUCUUCCUCAUCCAGCUGAUGCCUGGGUUGCUCUCAGUGCCUGUCCACCACCAUCGCCAGUACUUCCUCACGAUGUACGACUUUGUGCAGACUGGACGCAACGAAGGCUCUUUUCUCGUUGUGAACAGUGUGGUAGGCGCCAUCGUGUCGCUUCUUACAGGUCUUGGACACACGCAGCCAUUGCUCCAAUUGCAGUUGAAGAAACACAAGUCCAAGCAGAUUCUGAAGCGUAUCGACCUCAGCGUCACGAUAUUGAAGCUCUUAUCGGUGCUUAUUCGCUGCAGUUUGCCUCCUGCCAUGGACGUCGAGUCAGAUGCUGCCCACCCUCUGAUUCUACCGGCUAACAUGGCGCAAGAGCACGUGGAUCUCACACCAGCAGACCACGACGUGCUUCUCAAUGAACGCUUCAUUACACUACUCACUCAACGCGCGAACCGCUACACAAAGGAGACUAAACCGCUGGAGCAAAUUGUGAGUCACCUAUGCUGGGAAAGUCGACGUGUGACUGCGGCGUUCGUGGAUAAGAUCAUGCAUGGUAUUGAAGUGGAAGAUCAUCACGAUGUCAAGCCAUACUUCCGUACGCUGAACUCGCUCUUCAAGAUCCGCGAUUCUCUAGCCCCAGAGCGUCUUAAGGAUGGUCUCACCAAGCUGGUAGCUGUGAUGGCAUCGCAGCAACGCUACUAUAAGGCCACGGAGACGUCACUGGACAUGUUGGCACGGCUCGCCAAACGCCACAGUGGCGUGACAAAAUGGCUGCGAGACAACCAUCAGAGUUGUGUGUGGAUGGAGAAGUGGCUAAUGGCUCACCGAGGUGCAGAGGGGUAUCUGCAGCAGCGGAAGACCGUCCUGGUGAAACCCAACAGCACGUCGUCAUGGGUGAACGUGAGUGUGACGAGUUCUGGGCUCAUCAAGGCAAUCGACCGCUCCAUCACGAAGUUGCUACCGCGUAUCCGCAGCAUCUUAGACCCGGAAGCUGUCGUCGAGACGUUCUACGAUAGUGACGACAACCCGCAACGUCUUGUGGGCAAGCGCGUGCGUGUGAAAUGGGCCAAGGACAAGUGGUACGAAGGCACCGUGCAGCAGUUCAACGAGGACACAUACGAGCACUUCGUGGCGUACGAUGACGGCGAUAAGCGCUCGUAUCACAUGUCGGAGAAACUCUUUUACGUCGUGGACUUGACACCAUCGCCCAAGCCUCGCAAGAAGAAGCAGCAAGCUUGA